AUAUGACUCACUCAACUGAGUUCAACAUUUCAAAUGGAAGAAAAUGAAUAUAUCGAUCCUGUGGUCGUGUGCCACAAGUUGGAAGUGCAAGAAAAUGAGAUGAGGCAAGUGGAUGCAAGCGGAAUACCCAGCAUCCUUCUGGUCAAGCAAAGUGGAAUUCUGCGGGCGGUUGGCGCCAUGUGUCCACAUCGUGGAGCUCCCCUUGCGAAGGGCGUUCUGUCCAGGAAUCGGGUGCGAUGUCCUUGGCACGGAGUUUGUUUCAAUCUGGAAACUGGUGACAUUGAAAACUUCCCAGGACUAGAUUCGCUGCCCUGUCAUCGAGUUAAUGUCGACUCCAGAGGCCAGGUGCUCGUCCAAGUGAAGCGAUCUUAUUUACUACGACACGCAAGAAUAAAAUCAAUGGCAUGCCGUAACUGGCAGGACCAACGACACUUUGUGGUGGUGGGAGGUGGUCCUUCAGGUGCUGUCUGUGUGGAGACGCUGCGCCAGGAGGGAUUCACUGGUCGCUUGACCCUCGUCUGCGGUGAAAAACAUCUGCCCUAUGAUCGAACAAGGAUCAUGAACUUGUUGAACACGUAUACCAAGAACUUGGCCCUUCGGGAAGAACAGUUCUACAAGGACUACGGCAUAGAGAUGCAGUUGGGAGUAUCCGCUGAAAGGUUGGAUACGAAUUGCAACACCCUCCAUUGCACCAAUGGCAAAACGUUUCCUUAUGACAAAAUCUAUAUAGCAACAGGUUAUUCCGCCGUCACACCAAACAUACCCGGAGUGCACUUGAAAAAUGUGAAAGUCAUUCGGAAUAUUGGCGAUGCCAGGAGCAUAUUCAAAAUGGUGGACAAAUCAACCCAAGUGGUGUGCCUGGGUUCCAGUUUCAUGGCUGUGGAGGCUACGGCCAAUCUGGUUUCUAGAGCGCGCAGCGUUACGCUGGUAGCCCGGCAAAAUGUGCCUUUCAAAAGCACAUUGGGCGAGUUGAUAGGACAGCGGAUACUGAAGCUCCUGGAGGAGAAUAAGGUAGAUUUGCGCAUGAGCAGUGGAAUCAUCAGGAUUUUGGGAAACAGCCGUGGUGAGGUGGUUGCAGUGAAACUACUGGAUAACUCUAGAAUUCCCUGUAAUCUGCUCAUUCUCGGCACUGGUUGUCAGUGCAACACGGAUUUUCUCCAGCGGAGUGGUAUAAACAUCAAUCCCAAUGGCUCCGUGGAUGUUAACGACUUUCUGCAGACUAAAGUACGCAAUGUUUAUGUGGGCGGGGAUAUAGCCAAUGCAUAUAUCUUGGGUGGGUUUCCAGAUCGAGUAAAUAUAAGCCACUAUGGAUUGGCGCAAUACCACGGACGCAUUGCUGCACUGAACAUGAGUGGCCACAUUGCCAAACUGGAAGCCAUUCCUUUUUUCUACACCGUGAUAUUCGGCAGGGCCUUUCGCUCCGCAGGAUAUGGACCUUUCAAGGACGUUGUCAUCGACGGAAGUCUCGAGGAUUUGCAGUUCGUAGCCUACUUCUUUGAUGACUACGACAAGGUGACUGCAGUGGCAUCCUGCGGUCGGGACCCCAUGGUUGCCCAGUUUGCCGAACUGGUGUCGCAGGGAAAAGAAUUGUGUCGGUGUCAGAUCGUCGAUCCCAAGGGGCGAAAUUACUGGCUCACGAAGUUAAAGCUUUAGAACUAAUUCUCAAUAUACAAAAAUUUGUUAAGUGCUAAAGCUUAUUCAAAGUAAUUAGUUUAUUUAAGGAAUAAAGAUAUUUCUGCUUAUUUUAUUCCUC